UCAGUUUUGACGUGACACAAACGGGGUCGGUCGACUAAAAUGUUCUCAAUAAAACUGUUUUUCUGUGCGUUAAUACUAUGCUUCACAGUGCGUGCCAACAGCCAGACCGUGCAUAGACGGUUCGAGUACAAAUACUCAUUCAAACCACCUUAUUUGGCGCAGAAAGAUGGAUCGGUUCCCUUCUGGGAGUAUGGAGGCAAUGCGAUAGCGUCAGGCGAGAGCGUGCGCCUCGCACCGUCCCUCCGCAGCCAGAAGGGCGCCAUCUGGACGAAGCAGCCCAUCAACUUCGACUGGUGGGAGGUGGACGUGAUGUUCAAGGUCACCGGUAGAGGGCGCAUCGGUGCUGAUGGUCUGGCGUUCUGGUACACGUCGGGCCGCGGGGAUUAUACGGGCGAGGUGUUCGGCUCCUCGGACCGCUGGAACGGGCUCGCCGUCAUCUUCGACAGCUUCGACAACGACAACAAGCACAACAACCCCUACAUCAUGGCCGUACUCAACGACGGGACCAAGGUGUUCGACCAUAAGAGUGACGGCUCCCAGCAGAUGCUGUCCGGGUGUCUGCGAGACUUCAGGAACAAGCCGUUCCCGACGCGAGCCCGCAUCGAGUACUACCAGAACACGCUCACUGUGCACUUCCACAAUGGAAUGACGAACAACGAGGCGGACUACGAGCUUUGCUUCCGCGCCGAGAACGUGGUGCUCCCGCGCGGCGGGUACUUCGGGCUCUCCGCCGCCACCGGCGGGCUGGCCGACGACCACGACGUCGUGCACCUGCUCACUUCAUCGCUACACAGCACGCAGCAGGCUGGUGGGCAGCAGAUCAGCAACGACGAGCAGCAGAAGCUGUCGCAGGAGUACCAGGAGUACCAGCGCAAGCUCGACCAGCAGAAGGAGGACUACAGGAAGGAGCACCCCGAUGAGGUGCGCGACAAGGAGGGAGAAUUCGACGACUGGUUCGAAUCAGACGGGCAGCGGGAACUCCGGCAGAUCUUCCAAGGACAAGGGCAGAUACAUGAUGUCCUCAGAGAAUUGAACAAGAAAGUGGAUGAGGUGAUCGGCAAGCAGAUGAACUCCCUGUCCAUGUUGUCGGCCGUGUACACGCACGCGCAGGGGCAGCCCCUCGCGCAACAGCAGCCGGGACAGGCUCCCAUGCUGCAGGGUGGGUUGCCGGUGGCCCGGCACGACUGGGACGCGCUGGUGGCCAACAACCAGAUCAUCAUCAACACCAUCGCGGAGCUCAAAGGGUUCAUAAUCGAGGUGGCGCGCAAGACCGACGGCAUCGCGGCCGCGGGUGGGGGUGGUGGUGGUGGGGGGAGCGCCAUCAACCCGCAGCUCCUCUCAGAAAUGAGGGAUAGUCUCCAGCAGGUGCAGCAGACUGUCAACGGAGUCGCGCAGAGGAUAUCCUCCCCGGCGCACGCGUCGGCGCAGACGGCGUGCCCGAGCGUGGGCUGCGUGGGCCUCACGUCCUUGAUCAUGGUGGUCGCGUCGCAACUCGUCGUUAUGUUCCUCUACAACCUCUACAAAGAAAGAAAAGAAGCUCAAGCGAAGAAAUUCUUCUAAGGUUGCUCCGUACCCCUCCCCGCACCCCCUCCAUAUAGUAUAACACACACAAAUUAGCCAUACAUACUCAUUUGUACAACAGUGGUGAUCUCGAAAAUGUCUGCAUAUUUUUGGCCUAUACAGGGUGACAUAAAAACGAUCGUUCAAACUUUGCAUAUUGACUUUUGAGGUCAUAACGAUCAACUUUUAUUAUGGGACCCAUGCUGAGAUCGAGAAAAAAUAAUUUGACUUUUCCAUAGAAAAAAUGAAAUGUCGAAAUGUAUGAAACUGCCAAUUAUUUUUUUGCGAUUUCAGCAUUGGCCCCAUAAUAAAAGUUUUUCAUUAUACUUACUAGUAUAGUCACUAUGCAAAGUUUGGCUACUACUUACAAAAUCACCC